UUUACCUACAUGGAAAUUUUUCAUAUACAGUUAGCCCUACUUCCGAAUCGAUUAUAAGACACAGCGAGAUUAUAUUUAGAAAAAGUGUCAUUGAUUUCCGCGCGAAUUCGUGAACAUGUUGAUCCCGUUUCGAGCGAUGUUCAGAAUGAUUUCUUCAAAGACGACAAUUCUAUCACUUUUUUUCGUACUCGGGAUUACGGAAAUUCUAGCGAAAUCGACUCCAAAAGUUUCGAACUUCUCACAGGUGAGUAGAUAUUCUAAACAUUCUUUUCGUAAAACCCCUUUGAAUUCGUUACCUGAGAUUAGAGAAAUUCUGGCGAAAUCGACUCCAAAACAUCAAGAUUCCUCACAGGUGAGUAGAUAUUCUAAACAUGUUUCUCGUAAAACUUAUUUGAAUUCGUUACCUGAGAUUAAAGAAAUUCUGGCGAAAUCGACUAUAAAAGAUGAAGAUAUCCCACAAAUCAUUAAAAACGCUACCGUGAAAUUCAACAUUUUGUUCACCAAAUUCAUAAAAGAUGAUCUAAAACCAGAAGAGAACGCUUUGUUUUCCCCUUUGAACAUUUACACAGCGUUUUCGUUGCUGCAAUUAGGCUCAAGUUCAGAUACUAGAAUCGAUCUUUCAAAUGCUCUAGGAAUACCUGCUGGUGGCGUGGGAUUCACCGCAGCUCACAAAGGCUUGGGUAAAAUAUUAAACGAUCUAGAAACGACGAAUGCUGCCGAAGUAAAAAUAGCCAACUCGGUAUUUGUGCAAGAACAAUUAAAAUUAAAAGACACUUACGUGCAGAUGACCAAAAAUUAUUAUAAAAAUGAAGUUCAACAAGUCAAUUUCCCCAAAGAAAAUUCAGAAGUCACUGAUAUUAUCAACAACUGGGUAUCAAAUAACACGAAAAACCGGAUACAAAAAUUAUUCCAGAACAGAAUACCAUCGGAUACUCGACUAUUAUUGGCUAGUACAUUAUUCUUCAACGCCACUUGGCAAAACCAAUUUAAACAAUGGGCCACUAAAGACGAAAAAUUCAACACAGGAUUUAACGAGGUAACAGUUAAAAUCAUGAUGAAUCACCCAGAAUACGUUCCUUACUGGAAGAACGACACAUUACAAUUCGAGGCGAUCAGUUUACCUUACAAAGAUAACGAAUUCUCAAUGGCUGUUAUUUUACCAAACCGAAAUAAAUCAAUAAGCGACCUCAUAGAUGACUUGAAACCUGAACAUCAACAUCAACUAAUUCGAGAAUUUCAAUCAAAAACCGAAUACGUGUACUAUAAAAUACCUCGUUUCAAAUUCGCUUGGACGCGAAGUAUCAAUAACUACGUAAUGAAAUUAGGUAUGAGUAGGAUUUUUCAAGUUGCUGAGAUGAACAACUUGGUGAACAGCUGCGAACCGGUAAAAAUUUCGGAAAUAAAUCACGCGGCUGAAAUAGAAGUCGAUGAACAAGGAACUAUCGCAUCUGCUGUGACAGAUAUUCGAGCAGUUCCUGUGAGUGCUGGUGAUUUCCCAGAGCCUAUCACGUUUCAUGUAGAUAGACCGUUUUUGUUUUGGAUUUUCCAUCAGAAAACUGGUAUUAUUCUGUUCUCGGGAAUUGUACAAAAUCCAUUAGUAUAAUUAUUAAUGUUUUGUCUGUUGUAUCUACGUAUCUCAGGGGUCAUUCCAGGUCAAUUCGAGCGAAAAAUACGAUUCUUGACCUCGUGUCUUUCGGAUUUGUUGAACAAUUUUUCGCAUCGUGUUAAUGAAACAAUUUUUUGGAUAUUAAAAUUUGUCCAUUUGAGGGAAAGUGCAGCUAGGGGCGUUAGCAAACGUCAUAUUCCUGUUCAGCGCCUUCAAAAACGUACCUACUAUUUCAUGUAUCGCGUUACCAAAACAAUUUUUCGGAAUUUGGCUGGGGGGGUGCUCGGGGCUUUACGUGAAGCUCAAUCGACUUGAAUAAACGUUUUUGAAUCAGAUUUGAAUGUUUUUUCCAGCUGUGAUACAGUUUCGUAGAUAAUUAAUGUGAACAAAGUUGAUAGACAUGAGGUUAACAAUCAUCAUUUGUGGGGAGGGGGAGGGAGAAUCGAAUUCACAUGCAAUGACCCUCAUUUAACUACAUAUAAGCAAGUAUGUCUAUGUAGAUAGAUAAUUUUAGUUCAUACUUAUUAUGUAUUUAUUUUGGCAAUGCAAUCAAUUUUUGAAUAGAUUCAUAAAGCCUGAAAAGUCCAA